GCCAUGGGAAAACUCCAAAAGAUGCUGCUUCUGUUCGUGCCACUCAUCCCAUACCUGCUGCUUGUGGAAUAUAUUAUUUUGAAGUAAAAAUUGUCAGUAAAGGAAGAGAUGGUUAUAUGGGAAUUGGGCUCUCGGCUCAAGGAGUGAACAUGAACAGACUACCAGGUUGGGAUAAACAUUCGUAUGGUUACCAUGGAGAUGAUGGGCACUCAUUUUGUUCCUCGGGAACGGGACAGCCCUAUGGUCCAACAUUUACAACUGGGGAUGUCAUUGGUUGUUGUGUAAAUCUUAUCAACAAUACCUGCUUCUACACAAAGAAUGGGCAUAGUUUGGGUAUUGCUUUUACAGACUUGCCGCCAAAUCUAUACCCCACAGUUGGACUUCAAACACCUGGAGAAGUAGUGGAUGCUAAUUUUGGACAACAUCCAUUUGUAUUUGACAUUGAAGAUUAUAUGCGCGAAUGGAGAACCAAAACGCAGGCUCAGAUUGACAGAUUCCCUAUAGGAGAUCGGGAAGGAGAAUGGCAGACGAUGAUCCAAAAAAUGGUUUCAUCUUAUUUGGUACAUCAUGGAUACUGUGCAACAGCAGAAGCAUUUGCUAGAUCUACUGACCAGACUGUACUAGAAGAAUUAGCUUCCAUUAAAAAUAGACAAAGAAUUCAGAAACUGGUGCUAGCAGGAAGAAUGGGAGAGGCCAUUGAAACAACACAGCAGUUGUAUCCAAGUCUAUUAGAAAGAAAUCCUAAUCUUUUAUUUGCUUUGAAGGUACGACAGUUUAUAGAAAUGGUCAAUGGUACAGACAGUGAAGUACGAUGUCUAGGAGGUCACAGUCCAAAAUCUCAAGAUAGCUAUCCUGUUAGUCCACGAUCAUUUAGUAGUCCUAGUAUGAGCCCCAGCCAUGGAAUGAAUAUCCAUAGUCUAUCAACGGGCAAAGGAAGUAGCACGCACUGUACUGGUUUUGAAAAUAGUUGCAGUAAUGGAGUGAUAUCAAACAAAGUUCAUCAGUCAUAUUGUCACAGUAAACAUCAGUCUACCAGUUUAAAUGUACCAGAACUCAAUAAUAUAAAUGUAACAAGAUCACAACAGAUCAACAACUAUUCCAGCAAUGAUGUAGACAUGGAAACAGAUCACUACUCUAAUGGAAUUGCAGAGACAUCAUCUAAUGGUUUUUUAAAUGGUAGUUCUAAACAUGAUCAUGAAAUGGAAGAAUGUGACACAGAAAUGGAGGUGGAUUCCAGUCAGUUAAGACGCCAACUGUGUGGUGGUAGCCAAGCAGCUAUUGAAAGAAUGAUUCACUUUGGCAGAGAAUUACAAGCUAUGAGCGAACAACUAAGAAGGGAGUGUGGCAAAAACUCAGCCAACAAGAAAAUGCUCAAAGAUGCGUUCAGUUUACUUGCAUAUUCUGAUCCGUGGAAUAGUCCAGUUGGAAAUCAGUUGGAUCCUAUUCAGAGAGAGCCUGUAUGUUCAGUUCUCAACAGUGCAAUACUAGAGACACACAAUCUACCAAAGCAACCUCCUCUUGCUCUCGCAAUGGGACAGGCUUCACAGUGUCUAGGUCUGAUGGCCCGAUCAGGAAUUGGAUCCUGUGCAUUUGCCACAGUGGAAGAUUAUCUACACUAGCUAUGCAUAUGAAGAUGUCAAAGGUGUAUAAUGUGGCAUAUAUUCAACACGAAAGUAGACCAACUCUGCCAAUUGGAGUUUGGAUUUUUUUAAUUAUGUACUAAGGACAGGUCUGUUGCUUUACAUUGCUUCCUAGUUUACAGCAUGAUGCAAAUGAUUUUCUAAAUUACUGUUAGGAGAUAUUUUCCAUCUUUAACCAGAGUUAAAUACCAUCAGUAACAUCAGAUUGAAAAACCUUUGAAUUGUUACAAACAAACCAAAAAGUUCUGCCUUCCUAGAGGGCAGAGCAAAAUAGAUAAUGUUGUGGAUGUGUUAGUACGUGGGUGAUGUAAACUUCAAGCAGGAUAAUUUGCCAACUUUCACCCUCAUUACAUAGAUCAAUCAAUGUAAUUUGCAAACUGCAUAUGUACCUGACAGUUUGGCUGUAUAGUAUUGAUGGGAAGAAAUAUUUUUAAUGUGUACUGUAAAACUUGAAAUACUCAGGAGCUGAGUGAAUAUGUUUGUUGCUACUUACAAUCUCAACCUGUUUCCUAGUGGUUUUUGUUUUAACAUGAUCGUUUCAGCUCUGUUUCCUGUUUAACUGCAAACAACUUAUUUUGUAGACUCACCUGUUUAACUGUUGUAUUAUAACAGUAUUACAUGUCAACACAGUGUGGUUAUGGCCUAUUUAUAUAAAAACCAAAUAUUUAGUCAAUUUCAGUCUUAAUUUAAUCUUUGUACACCCUGCAUUUUAAAAAGUGCUUAAAUGAGUACUCUAUUGCAAUAAAAUGUAGUGAUACCAUAAUUAAUCAGCCAUUAAAUACUUACAUAUGGUAGGAUUGCUACCUUAUUUUU